ACUCGGUUCUAGGUUUUAGUCGUUCUCGAGACUUUCAUUUAAACACAACUAAUUAGAAAUUCUUAAACUGUUUGAAAGUUAAAAAGAAAAUUUUUAAAAAUGCCACCAAAUCAAUACGCCGACGUUAGCGAUCAAGGUUUAAGAGUCGCGAUAAUCGGCCAAAGCGAUUUUGCCGUCGAUGUUAUGGAACGAUUAAUAAGAAAUGGACAUUGCGUUGUUGGAGUUUUUACAAUUCCCGAUAAAGGCCAAAAGAAACAAGACCCUUUAGCUAAAGCAGGAGAUGAAUACAACAUCCCAGUUUUUAAAUAUUCUGGUUGGAGACGUGAUAAAAAAUUAAAACCCGAAAUAAUGACCGAUUACGAAAAAUUAAACGUUGAACUCAACGUUUUGGCUUUUUGCUCGCAAUACAUUCCAAUGGAAAUCAUCAACUACCCUCGUUUCCAAAGCAUAUGUUAUCACCCCUCAAUUUUACCGAGACAUCGAGGAGCUUCCGCAAUUAAUUGGACUUUAAUAACCGGAGAUGAAUACGCAGGAUUUUCAAUUUUUUGGCCCGACGAUGGUUUAGACACCGGUCCAAUCCUGCUUCAAGAUCGCAUCAAAAUCGAAGAAACCGACAACGUUGACAGUUUGUAUAAACGCUUUUUGUACCCCGCGGGGAUUAGCGCUUUAGAAAAAGCCGUCGAUAUGAUAGCCGAUGGGACAGCCCCCAAAGAAAUUCAAAACGAAACUUUAGCAACUUACGACCCAAUGUUGAAUAAACAAGAAUAUCGAAAAAUCGAUUUUAAUAAAUCAUCGAAAGAACUGUAUAAUUUUAUUCGAGGGAUGGACUCAGUCCCCGGGGCUUCUUGCGCUAUAAAAAUCCCCGGAACUAAUCACUUCGAAAUUGUGGACGUUUUCGGCUCAUCAAUUUGGAAGAAAAAGUUACCGAUUAACGCAAAACCCGUCGAAAUCGAAUCCGCUAAGAAACCGGCGUUAUUGCACUCACAAGGUCUUUUGUUAUUCACGAACGAUGAUGAUGUCGCGGUGAAUAUAACCAGGGUUAAAAUUAACGGGAAAUUUCGCGCGGCGGAGUCGCUCGAUCAAUUAACGAAACAAAUCGAGAUUGAGUACAGCGAGGAUGAAAAGGAAUCUUUGGAAUCGUUGAGGAAAAUUUGGGAAUCGAUUUUAAAUGUGGAUGUUAAUGAAAAUACCGAUUUUUUCUUGUCGGGGGCUGGAUCGAUGGAUGUUGUUCGCUUGGUGGAGGAGGUUAAGGAGUUGUUUAAGAUUGAGUUUGAAAAUGCGCAAGUUUUUAUGGCUUCUAGUUUUGAAGAGUUUUGUCAAGAGGUUGUUAAAACGACGAGAUCUGGAGGAUUUGAUAAUAAUAUUAAGGUAAACUAUAAAGGAAAAGAAAUCUUCACAAACGGAAUAACAAUUAACAUUCCAACCCAAAUGUUUAUCAACGGAGAAUUCGUCGAUGCAGAAACCGGAAAAACUUCAAACUGUAUUAACCCCACGGAUGAAAGCGUAAUUUGCCAAAUCCCCGCCGCCACAAUAAACGACGUCAACCAAGCGGUCGAAGCCGCCAAAAAAGCGUUCGAGGAAGGAGAAUGGAGCAAAAUCAGCGCUCGCGAACGCGGAUUAAUCCUCUUCAGAUUAGCCGAUUUAAUGCAAGAACACAAAGAAGAAUUAGCCACGAUCGAGGCUUUAGAUGCGGGGGCCGUUUAUACUUUAGCUUUAAAAACUCACGUUGGGAUGAGUAUUGAAACUUGGAGGUAUUUCGCUGGGUGGGCUGAUAAGAUUCACGGAAGUACGGUUCCUAUUUCGAACGCACGUCCAAAUUCGAAUUUGUGUUUUACGAAAAAAGAUGCGAUUGGUGUUUGUGGGUUAGUAACUCCAUGGAAUUACCCCUUAAUGAUGUUAUCGUGGAAAAUGGCCGCUUGUUUAGCGGCUGGAAACACGGUUGUGAUUAAGCCAGCCCAAGUUUGUCCUUUAACAGCUUUAAAGUUCGCCGAGUUAUCUGUAAAAGCAGGGGUACCACCCGGAGUUAUUAACGUUGUAACGGGAUCGGGUACAAUCGUUGGAAAUGCAAUCGCUUCUCACCCCGACGUAAGAAAAUUAGGAUUCACCGGAAGUACCGAAAUAGGAAAAGUAAUAAUGAAGACUUGUGCAGAAAACGUUAAAAAAGUCUCUUUGGAAUUAGGAGGAAAAUCGCCGCUAAUUAUUUUUGGAGAUUGCGAUAUCGAAAAAGCAGUUAAACUUGGUAUGCAAAGCGUAUUUUUUAAUAAAGGCGAAAAUUGCAUAGCGGCGGGACGAAUUUUCGUCGAAAAUUCAAUUUACAAAGAGUUCAUUCACCGCGUUGCUAAAGAAACCAAAAAAAUCACCAUCGGAGAUCCAUUAAAUAAAUCAACAGCCCACGGACCUCAAAAUCAUCUUGCCCAUUUAGAGAAACUCAUCGAAUACGUCGAUUUAGCCGUAAAAGAAGGGGCGAGAUUAAUUCAUGGGGGUAAACGCGUUAAAAGGAGUGGUUAUUUUUUCGAACCGACGAUUUUGGCCGAUAUUGAGGAUGAAAUGUUUGUGGCGAAAGAAGAAUCUUUUGGGCCGAUUAUGUGUAUUAGUAAAUUUGAUGAUGGUGAUAUUGAUGGUGUUAUUAAACGAGCCAAUGCUACUGAAUAUGGUUUAGCCUCCGGGGUUUUCACCUCCGAUAUAAAUAAAGCGUUGAAAAUCGCGGAAAAAAUCGAAGCUGGAACUGUUUUUAUUAAUACUUAUAAUAAAACGGAUGUUGCGGCUCCAUUUGGAGGGUUUAAACAAAGCGGGUUUGGAAAGGAUUUAGGGCAGGAAGCUUUGAACGAAUAUUUAAAAACUAAAUGUGUUACUAUUGAAUAUUAAUUUUUUUUUAUUUUUAUUGAUUAGAUUUUAAUUGAAU